AUGGCCUCCGAAGAGCCAGGUACUCAGUACAAGCUUCAGAUCACAGCGGGCCCGACCUAUGACACAUCUACGCAUAGUCUCGUCCAUGUGAAUACUGAUACCAACCUCUCCAUUGAAACGGAGCACGCGAGGGUGAACAUUUGUCUUCGCAUACAAGAUUAUAACGGACUACCAACUUCAUCUCCACGGACACAUGCCCAUUUCUCGCACCCAUCUCGGAGCAAUGACCAGUACUCUCUUGCAAUUUCCUUCGUACCCAAGAAACCGAUAGCAGGCGAUGAGGUAGUGCUUGGAAAUGAUCUCGAUCGUCCCAUCCGUGACCGCCUCCCACCGGGUUCCGGCUAUGCCUUUAAAUUUAUUAAGUGGUGGGUUGACCCAGGUCUAGAAGGGGAUAUAUACGCCGAUGAGCCUUAUAUUUAUGGGCCAGGCUUGUCAAGUUGGAACUAUUUCCGCAUUUGCGGCAAAGAGGGAGAGAAAUAUGUGCCUGAGGGAACCGAUGACGCAGAGACGGAAGAUAUCGAGGAAUCGACUCUCGAAAUACACGAGGCUGUUGUUGAAGAAGGGGCUGAAGGUAGUGGGCAAGAGGUCAGGGACAGGUUUCAAAUACCGGAGGACCCGAGCCAGAGGCAGAAACAUUUCUUGAACGAACAGAACCGGAAGGAUUUUGAAUUCGAGCCAGGAAGAGUAUAUAAAGCAGAUUUUGGAAACCCCUAUAUUGGGUUCAGCGACUUCACGAUCCGUAUUCCAGGAUUUCCAGUCCCGGUUACUAAAUAUAUUGACGAAAAGAACCAUGAAUUACGGUACAUAUUGAAGAACAAGGCUACUGGCGACAUCUAUUUCGUGGUACUGUUUACCCUUCUAAUAGGGACUGAGACACAAGCCCAGCCGCCAAAGGAUGAAAGCCCAACAGGCGAAUCGGAGGUUGAUUAG